GCCACGGUUUACAAAUUGUGGCGCAAACGGGCUGCCGUAGUUUCACCAGUGCGCCUCAGGAAUGCAGUAUCACAUGUAUGAGCGUGUUGCGUUUCAUCCAUAUCCGACGGUUGGGUGAAGUUGUUCUCGAGGACGACUCAAAGCCAAAGGGAAUCUAUAAAAAAAACUGCCAUCUCUACAAGCGCUUCUUGCUAAACAUGGCAGGCGGUUGCAGUCUGAUCCGUUGCAAAUCUAUCCGUCGCCUUCAAGUCAUUUCAAGAUCGUUAGCGUUGAAUGUUUCACCCCUAACUCUGACCGUAGAACCGUCCGAUGCCUUGAUAGAUGAACCUGUGGCGAUCAGAGUAUCAGGCCUUCAGCGUCAUCAGAAGAUGACUCUUUCUGCUCUUCUGAGUGGGGGCAAAAAGGAGUUUGUGUCCUGCGCACACUAUACAGCUGAUGAAACUGGUCAUGUGGAUACAACAGUCCAUUCAAGUCAAGGCGGGUCCUAUAUGGGUGUUGAACCUAUGGGACUUUUCUGGUCCAUGGUGCCAUCAAUGAAACACAGAAGGACAACGCGCCUACUGAAUAUAGACGUCACAGUUCCAUACGAUGUCACCAUAUCGGUCCAAUCAAGUCAUUUGGACCUUGAAUCCAUCCAAUCAGCAAGUAACACGUCAGGAGUAAUAGCUGCAACACACGUGAGACGGAGGUACAUAAGCAAAGGAGUGCAAAGAUUCCCCAUCAAAAUUGGGCGAAUACGAGGAACUCUGUUUGUUCCUUCAGGCGAUGGGCCAUUCCCGCGGUCCUUGACAUGUUUGGAGGUACAGGUGGUCUGUUUGAGUUUCGGGCGGCCCUUCUCGCCUCCAGGGAUUUCUUACAUUUGCACUGGCCUACUUGGGAUACGACGGCCUUCCCAACGACUUUGACGAACUUGAAUAUGGUUAUUUCCAGGAAGCUGCAGAAUGGCUGAGUCAGCACGGACAAGCAGCCCCUGGCGGCAUCGGUGUUGUUGGCACUUCUCUCGGAGGUGGCAUCGCCAACAUGCUGGCAUCAUUCUGUCCAAAGGUAAAGGCGACAGUAUCGGUAAACGGAUCUCUGUUCGCUCCAAUCAAAGACCAAGGUUUAAAAAGACAAUUUAUACCAGGAUACCCACCAAAAAUUAAAGUUAUUGACGAUGUGUAUUUUUCAUCCACCAUCGACUUCAACGGCGACGAUGUUCCAGUACUCCCGGUAUGGCGUCACGGUGUGAAAAUUCUGUCCAUCAUCGCCGAAGACGACGUUGCCCUGCCGUCAUCGGUAUACAAAGAGAUGGAGAUGAAGAUCCCCGUGGACAAGAGGCAUACGAUCCAGAGCGUGUUCUAUCCUGGAGCGGGCCAUCUGAUUGAACCACCUUAUACACCUUUAUGUCGGGCUUGCUACCUGGACGAACAGUUUGAGAUACUGAUGCUGUGGGGAGGAGAGACUGAGGGACACGCUGUUGCCCAGGAGGAUUCGUGGAGGAGAAUCCUGGAACACUUAAACAAGUACCUGCCUAAGACGAGUACAUAACAAGUGCUGUUAAUCGAUGUUUAUCUUGUCUAUGACA